CGCAAAUAUAUAUAUAUAUAUAUCAUUAUCCAAAACAUAUAUAUGAAAUAUAUAUAUACAGUACAAAGUCUCUACACCCUCCACCGUCUUCCCCCUUUUCAUCAUUAUUACUAGUACUUACAUUCUCCCUUUUUUUUUUACCCAUAACAACUUCCCCUCAUACUCUUAAGAAAAAACCACCAGACAGAAGAAGGGAGGGGAUAUUAAAAAAAAAAGAAAUUGAAGGAAAGAGACGAGGAAGAAUGCCCAAGUCCAAGAAAGGCGGGGGCCCAUCCCCAGCAGGCCAGCAACAGCAACAACAACAACAACAUUCAAAAAAGCAUCGCAAAAUGUCAUCGUUUGCUAAGCUUUCGACUACCACCCCGACGAACUCUGCAAAGCCUAAAGCCGACCACCCCGGCUCGGGUAGUGCUAAAAACAGCAGCAAUGAUCGGAAUAUGAAGAAAUCACAGCAGCAACAGCAACAGGUCCAGAGGAACCAGCGGCCUAUUGUGCCCUUUGGAAGGAAGGAUCGGAUUUUGUUGGUUGGUGAAGGCGACUUCUCCUUUGCUCGCUCAUUAGUCCUCCAGCACCGUUGCAAGAAUGUCAUGGCUACCUGCUAUGAUUCCAAAGAUACGCUCCACAGCAAAUACCCCCAAGCGGAAAACAACAUUCACGACAUACAGUAUGCAUUUUCCAAGGCGACGACGGGGGAGCAUGCUUCGGACAGUAAGGAGAACUCAUCCAAUGGAGGCGGCACAAGCAUUGUUGGAACCAACGCACAAGGGCUCCUUGAAGACCAGGCGCAACGUCGUGGACCCAAAGUCAUUUACUCAGUUGACGCCCGAAAACUUGGUCUUCCUGCGGGUGGCGGUAAAGAAAUCCGGACGGGCUUUCCACGACAGGAGCGAAAACGCCCGGCCUGGAAAGAAGCAAAGAGCAGCACGCCGUCUGCACCACAAGGUGGGCCGUGGGAUGUGAUUUGCUUUAACUUUCCCCAUGUCGGCGGUAUCUCCACCGACGUCAAUCGGCAGGUGCGAGCCAACCAGGAACUCUUGGUGGCUUUCUUCAAAGCGUGCGUGCCUUUGUUGUCUCAUCAACCCGAGCCUGUAGAUAGUGACGAUGAAGACGACUGGGACAACUGGGAGGACUCUGACGUUGAGGCAAGCGGGGGUGAAAACGAACAUGAUGGCAGCGAAGACGGCAACCAACUGCGAACAGCCAAUACUACCGGGCAGGCGACAUGCCAAAACAGAGUGGAACCAGGUCAGAUUCUAGUGUCGAUGUUUGAGGGUGAGCCUUACACCCUCUGGAAUAUUAAAGACCUUGCAAGGCAUGCUGGCCUGCGAGUGGUCACCAGUUUUCGAUUCCCGUGGGCCUCUUAUAAGGAAUAUUCCCAUGCGCGGACACUGGGCGACAUUGAAGGAAAGGAUGGUGGAAGAGGCGGCUGGAGGGGGGAAGAUAGGGACGCGAGAAUGUACGUCUUUGAGGUUAAACAGGAAGACCAUCCAGUGAAACGGAGGAACGCCCCAUCUUCUAAAGCUGGACAGAGUGCGAAAAAGAAGAGGCCGAGAGAUGCAUCCGACAGUGACGACAGCGAAUAAGAAAUGCCUGUGCAAAUACUCGUUGCAGACAAAGAUUCCACUGUCCGUUUCAACCCAGAAGAAUGAGAUAAGGAGUAGGGCCAGUUGCAGCUGUACAUAGCCUUGGUAUGCGUUCCUUGUUUACAUGAUGUAGACUUUCUUC